CAUAAUUAUUAAUUCAUUUUAAAGAUAACUUUAACUUAUCCAGAGACCAUAUAUGAGAUGGUAGUAAAAUUAUUCUAAAUAUUGAUCUUUGAUGUCGUCAAGUGGGUUCGUAAAAAAUGAAUUAGCCGCGUAAUUUUAAUGUAAAACUUUACAAAUUCCUGGAAUGAUCACAUAAGAAUUACAUCGCUUGUUUUUAAAGCACCUUUAGCCACUUAUUGUCUAUGUAGUUCUAGUAGUAUUAAGUAACUAUAACUAUUUUUCUGCACAAAAACGAUGAGCUUGCAAGACUGCGUGAAACGAGCCUACCUUAUAGCUAUCCUGCAGGAAACACCGGCCUUAGCAGACACCGAUUGCGAUUUGCGGCUGCUACAGUUUCAUUGAAAUUUAAAUUACUCACCGCGCCAAAUUGUAUAACCUACGACGAGGGUUUUUAACACUCAGAUAAAAUAUUUAUGUCUUAUUACUUCAUUUUCUGGUUUUAAUUUUUUAUUUUCCAAGUGGAAAAAUGUCCAAUCCUGGAAAAAUACGUAAGCUCGACGAGGUAGUCGUCAAUCGGAUAGCUGCUGGUGAAAUCAUUCAAAGACCAGCUAAUGCUCUAAAAGAACUCAUAGAAAACAGUCUGGAUGCAGGGUCAACAAACAUUACCGUUUCAGUAAAAGAAGGAGGCCUUAAACUUUUGCAGAUACAAGACAAUGGAAGUGGAAUAAAUAAAGAAGACAUGGAUAUUGUGUGUGAGCGAUUCACAACUAGCAAAUUACAAAGUUUUGACGAUUUGCAAAAGCUUACAACUUUUGGAUUUCGGGGUGAAGCUUUGGCCAGUAUUAGUCAUGUUGCCCAAUUAACUAUUACCACUAAAACUGCUAAAGAAAAGUGUGCUUAUAAAGCAGGUUACAUUGAUGGUGUGAUAAAGGGGCCACCAGUUCCUUGUGCUGGAAAUCAAGGUACAACAAUAACAGUUGAAAAUUUGUUUUAUAAUAUUGCUACCCGAAGAAAAGCUUUGUCAGACAGUAAAGAAGAAUAUUCCAGAAUUCAAGAAGUUGUCUCUAGAUAUGCUAUUCAUUAUCCAAAAACUGGAUUCACUUUAAAGAAACAUGGUGAAAAUAGAGCUACAGUUAGAACUCCUAAUUCAAGUACAAAAAAAGAAAAUAUCAAAAUCAUAUUUGGCAAUGAUGUAGCUAGAGAUCUCAUGGAAAUUAAUGUAGAAGAAAGAUCUUAUCGCUUCAAAGCAGAAAUUAUAAUAACUAGUCCUAACUAUGCCAUGAAGAGAUUUACAUUUUUAUUAUUUAUCAACAAUCGCUUAGUUGAAUCUACUGCAAUCAAAAAAGCUUUUGAAAGUGUUUAUGUUACACAUUUAGCAAAAAAUAGUCACCCAUGGUGUUAUCUGUCAUUGCAAAUUGAUCCACAAAAUAUAGAUGUUAAUAUACAUCCAACAAAACAUGAAGUAAAAUUUUUACAUGAAGGUAUUAUAAUUGGUAAAAUAAGUACUGUUCUUAAUGAAGAAUAUGCUAAAAGUAAUAAAACAAGAACAUUUUAUAUUGAUCCUGAGCCCAAAAAAAGAAAGUUAGACUUAGAAAAAGUGGAAAAAGAAAUUUUACCACCAUCACAAGGUGAUACUAAAAAACUGUACCCAAAAAAUUUUGUUAGAGUUGACCACAAUUCACAAAAACUUGAAAAAUUUAAUUUUACUUCAAAUUCUAACAAUGAUAGUUUUGAAGAAACUAGGGCCAAGAAAAGGAAACUUGAAGAAGAAGAACCAGUUGAAAAAUUAAAGGAAAAAGAGCUAAUUUUAGAUAAAGAUGAAAGUGAUACUACAGUCAAAAUUGCUGAACAAAAAACAAUAUUAAUAGACAAAGAUAAUGAAAAACUAAACAAAGCUGCUCUCAAUAGUAAUUUUGUUAAAAACUCUCUAAAGGUAGAUAAUAUAGACAAGAUAUCUGAGGCUGCAAAGAAACCUGAUAAAUUUGCAAAAGAAACAGAAAUUAAAGAAGAAUCCAUGAAAAAACUCAUAAUUGACAAUGAAAAUGAAGUCCCUAAAGUGAUAAAAGAGAAUGUUCAAAAUGAAAUUGACAAUUCUGAUUCACCUGAAGAAAAUAUAAAAAGUACAAAAGAAGCGAAUAAGGAAUCUAAAACUGUUGAAAACAAAUCACAAUCUCAGGAAAAUGAUGAAUCAUUUGAAUCUCCGGGAGAAUUCAAAUCUUAUUCUGUUAAUCAAUUCAGAGUUGAAACAAAAUUAUUAAGUAUUUUAGAACUGCGCCAAAAAGUUGAACAGAUGUACAAUCCAACUUUGAGAAAAUUACUAUCAAAAUUAGUAUUUGUAGGAUGUAUUAAUGAAACUUCAGCCCUAAUACAAAGUGGUGUUGGUCUGUAUUUUUGUGAUACAAAAAGGCUUGUGGAAGAAUUAUUCUAUGAAAUCAUGCUGUAUGACUUUGCAAACUUUGGGGUGUUAAAAUUUUCAGAACCUUUAUUAAUAAAAGAUGUUGCGAUGCUUGGCCUUGAACAUGAAGAUGCUGGAUGGAGCGAAGAAAUUGGAGAAAAGACAGUAUUAGCUGAACGCGUUCAAGAAUUACUUUUAGAAAAAGCUGACAUGUUACGACAAUAUUUUUCCAUAAAUAUUGAUAAAAAAGGACAAAUCAGAGGUCUCCCAAUAUUAUUGGAAAACCAUUUUCCCAAUCAAGGGGGUCUUCCAAUGUAUUUACUCAGACUUGCAACUGAGGUAAAUUGGAGCAAAGAAAAAGCAUGUUUUCGAGAUAUAUGUCGCGAAACAGCUCAGUACUACAGCCAGAUAGAUACAAGCGAAUCAAACUGGAAACAUAAAGUUGAACAUAUUCUGUAUGCUGCUAUAAAAGACAGUUUGCUUCCACCAAAAUUUUUCGCCGAAAAUGGAACCAUUUAUGAAGUUACCACAUUACCAGAUUUAUAUAGAAUAUUUGAACGUUGUUAACAUAGUUUAUUUCAAAAAUGUUAACUCUAAUUUAUCAGAUUCAUUUUUUUGUGUAAUAAAAAAAACUACAAGUGAA